ACUCGAAAAACAUGGCUGACUUGAAAACUUGGCUCACUCGUAGGCAGCAGUGCAUUUUGUUUUCACGUACGCACGCAUGCGCGUGGUAGAGUAAACCACAUCCACCCCACCGCCACCACGGUGCCCUGCUCGGCCUAACUGAUGGCAGCUGUGUUCGUUAACCCGUCAAUGCUCACAUAUUGCCACACGCUAACCACACGCGCGCACACACACACAUAGUGAGCACGUUUACUGCUGAGAGGAUCCAUGUGAGGACAUCGUCUAUGUCGUUAAAGCCGCACUUAUCAACUUAGCCACACACACACACACUUCCCUUUUUUGCUCCCAUGCAGAGCUAUUUGAAAGCUUGCCCGACAUGUUUCCAGCACAAGGUCAAAAGCAGCAUUUCCAAUUGUGGAAGAAGAAGCCGUUUUGCUGUCAUUGUGCUUUUUUUGCCGGCCGUUUCAUUGCUAGCUAGGUCAAACGUGCAAAGCCACGCAGACGGACACGUCACGUGAGAGAAGUCAGACUGCUGCGCUUCUCCAGAUGCAUGCGAGGCGACAUAUGGGCCAUCCGGUGGACAAUGGACCUCUUGUCCGGCCGGCGGGGGUGCAGCAUAGUGACGAGGGAAGGAGGGGCUGCCACGACAAGGAUGAGGAUGUCAUUGAUGGCCAACCGGUCCACUGUCCGUACAUAGGGUGCGUCGUGCUGCCACCGCACCGCGCAAAAAUGUUCCAGUGCCGCCCUGAUCGCUUUUUAAAUCUUAAAUUGAGCAACAUUAAGGCACUCGACAGCCACUCGUGGAGUCCCUCAGGGUUCCGUACUCCGACCUCACACCAACAUCGGCGCGCGCACUGCGUAGGAGCGAUAACCCAUGUCGGUUGGCUUUUGUGGUUUCAAAUCCAACUGGCCGACGGAAACAAACAAGUUGAGGCUGAAGAGGUUGUUGAACAAGUUGACAAGGUGACACGUUUUGCCCCCCCCCCACACACAGACAUACACGCAGGCAAAAAUAGACGCUCACACAAACACACUGCGUGCCUUGGCUCACUCUCAACAAAAGAGUCAAUUGACCCAAGUUGAUUGCAAGGAUGUCUUGUGCUUUUGAUGGUCUGCAACUUGCACUUCCAGCUGCACAUUUCAAGGCUUGAAAAAACAAGUACAACCACCCACCCACCCACCGCCCGACGAGAUGGAAGAAAGGAAAAAAAUGGCAAGGUUGGCCGUUUUGAGUCCAGGGGGGGGGGUGCUCCCCCAGCUAUUUAAAGAGAUUCCAGCAGAUGGUGGAGGAACUUUGUUGUCAGACGCGCGCUUGCCACCAGCCGCAGCAGGAGCAGGAGCCACACCGGCAGCGGCGUCGUCUUCUCCGACAUGCCGUCCCAUUCGCUGGCGCCCUUUGCGGAAGUGGAGCCCCACUCGUGCAAGAACUUCACCAGCCCGGCGGCGACCCCGCGGCCUCCGGUCGGCGGCUUCCGGCGCCACCAUUCUCUCUGCCCCGCCACGCUGCGCAACUUUGACGAUUCCUCGGCUCGGGGGCCGCCGUGGCGGCGGGACGGCCGUCUGCCUCGCUCGCCGCUCACCCGCCUUCCCUUCAGGGCGGACCGCUCGGUCAGCGUGACGGAGGGCGAGGUCCUUCCGGACGAGGAGGUGCCUCCGUCCGCCCGGCCCCCGCCCGGGCUUUGGCGCAGCGAGCUGAAUCGGGGCCCAGCCUCGCCCCGCCUCCCCGCGCGCUACAAGACGGAACUGUGCCGCACUUUUGAGGAGAGCGGCACGUGCAAGUACGACGCCAAGUGCCAGUUUGCGCACGGGGCGGACGAGCUGCGAGGGCUGAGCCGCCACCCCAAGUACAAGACGGAGCCGUGCCGCACCUUCCACACGGUGGGCUUCUGCCCUUACGGCGCCCGCUGCCACUUUGUCCACCGCGCCGAGGAGCUGGCCAAGCCCGGCCUGCUCCACAGCCUCAGCUUUGCCGGGUCGCCCCGUCCGCGCUCUCCCCGCUUGUCCCGGGCCUGGUCCGCGUCGCCCUCGGGUUGCCCGCGGCUCCUCUGGCCCCUUUUCCCGGAGCCGGGGCUCCUCCGCCCUUGCCCGUACCCGUUGUCCGCCGCCACCGAGCCGGCCCAAGAAGAUGCUGACUCGGCUCUUGUUUUUUUUGCCCUCGGCGAGUGCGACGACACGGACUCCGUUCUCGGUUUCCUCCCCGCCGGCGAGAGCGACCCGGCGGCCGACUCGGCUCACGGUUUCCUUGCCGCUAUCGCGCAUCCCGCUGCUCCUGCCGCCAAACGCUCGCCCUGCCGCCUGGCCGCUCCCCAGGCCUCCUCCCUCGGACCCCCCGGCCUGCGGCGCUGCUCCUCGGCCGGCUCGCUCUCAGAGGAGGGCUACGCUUCGUCCUGCUCUCUGAGCCCGGCUUCCAGCGGCGGCGAGUCGCCGGGCGGCGAUGCCCGGCGCCUGCCCAUCUUCAGCCGCCUGUCGGUUGCGGACGAGUAGACGGGGCUCCGACUUUCUCGUCCGUCGCCCGUUUAGCGUGACUGGCCCGAUCCGUAGCCCCGUGUGAAUUUUUCCACCUUUGGGUGCUUUUUAAAAAUGCGAUUGUCUUUUUCUGACUGCCGAUAGGUGAGCGCGCACACCCUGGCUUUUGUGAAAAGUCGCUUUUGCGCGCCAUGAAGCGACACAACCUGCGCUGAUCUUAUUUUGUACUUUUCUCCUAAAUGAAGUCCUAUUUAUUUCUUUUGUUUCCUUCCAAGUGAAGCAUACCUUGUGUUGCGGUUCGGUGCUGGAUGCCCUGACCAAGACGCGCACACACACGUACACGUUGAUAGAUUUCCAUUAAUCUUUGCAAAGUGACAUGAAGUGAAAAUGCCUUUCAUGUGUUCCAAUCUCACAAAACAACACCAUUUCCGUUGAAUAAAGUCAAAUAGUAAAACAG